ACGAGAUUCAACUCUUCACCAGUUUGUUAAGUCGCCUUCCCCUUUGUCUCUUGGCUCCAUCGACGAGUCCGUCACUUUCACCCUUAUAAAUAUCUCCGCCACCCUCCCCGCAUCACCAACCUCUCCCUACCAACUCUCUCAAAUGGAGUCCGCCUCUCUCUCCCGCAUUGGUCUCGCCGGCCUCGCCGUCAUGGGCCAAAACCUCGCCCUGAACAUCGCCGACAAAGGCUUCCCCAUCUCGGUCUACAACCGAACCACCUCCAAAGUCGACGAAACCCUAGAUCGCGCCUCCGAAGAAGGCAAGCUCCCAGUCUCCGGCCAAUACUCCCCUCGCGACUUCGUCCUCUCCAUCCAGCGCCCCAGAUCCGUCAUCAUCCUCGUCAAAGCCGGCGCCCCCGUUGACCAGACCAUCUCCGCCCUCUCCGAGUACAUGGAGCCCGGUGACUGCAUCAUCGACGGCGGUAACGAGUGGUACCAGAACACAGAGCGACGAAUCGUUGAAGCUGAGAAGAAAGGAUUGCUCUACUUGGGGAUGGGAGUCUCCGGAGGCGAGGAAGGGGCUCGUAACGGCCCCUCCCUCAUGCCUGGAGGUUCUUUCCAGGCCUAUAACAACGUUAAAGACAUUCUCGAGAAAGUCGCCGCUCAGGUGGAGGACGGUCCCUGCGUGACUUAUAUAGGAGAAGGCGGAUCUGGGAACUUCGUGAAAAUGGUUCAUAAUGGGAUCGAGUACGGUGACAUGCAGCUCAUUUCCGAGGCGUACGAUGUUUUGAAGAACGUUGGGGGGUUAAGCAAUGACGAGCUUGCGGAGAUUUUUACAGAGUGGAACCGAGGUGAGCUGGAGAGUUUCUUGGUUGAGAUUACUUCGGAUAUUUUUAGGGUUAAGGAUGAGUUUGGGGAUGGAGAGUUAGUUGAUAAGAUUUUGGAUAAGACGGGAAUGAAAGGAACCGGGAAAUGGACUGUUCAGCAGGCGGCUGAGCUCUCAGUGGCGGCGCCGACUAUCGCUGCCUCGUUGGAUUGUAGGUACUUGAGUGGACUCAAGGACGAGAGGGAGAAUGCUGCCAAAGUGUUGAAGGAAGCUGGGUUGAAGGAGGAUAUUGGUUCUGCAUCUCAUGGGAUUGAUAAAAAGAGGUUGAUUGAUGAUGUGAGGCAAGCUUUGUACGCUUCUAAGAUCUGUAGUUAUGCUCAAGGGAUGAAUUUGCUUAGAGCUAAGAGUGUGGAGAAGGAGUGGAACUUGAAUCUCGGCGAGAUGGCUCGGAUUUGGAAAGGAGGGUGUAUUAUCAGGGCGGUGUUCUUGGACAGGAUCAAGAAAGCUUACCAGAGGAACCCGAACCUGGCGAGUUUGGUGGUUGAUCCUGAUUUCGCUAAAGAGAUGGUUCAGAGGCAAGCUGCGUGGAGGAGAGUCGUGGGUUUGGCCAUCUCUGCGGGAAUAAGCACGCCGGGAAUGUGCGCGAGUCUUGCCUACUUCGACACUUACAGGCGUGCGAGAUUGCCUGCGAAUCUGGUUCAGGCGCAGAGAGAUCUCUUUGGAGCUCAUACGUAUGAGAGGACCGAUCGUCCUGGUGCGUACCACACGGAAUGGACUAAGCUUGCUAGGAAGGGGAAUUAGAUUGUUGAGGGUUAUCCUCUCUUUCUCACGCUUUGUCUUGUGCUUAAUUCUGAAUUCAGUGUGUUUGCUUUUUCCCUAAAGCUUUUCAUGUUGUGUAGGGCUUUGUUUCCAUGAUUUUAAUCCUUUGAAAAAAAGAUAGUUUCAUGCUUUUGAAGGCAUAGAAAACGAAAACAAAACAAACAAAUUGUUUCCGCUUAUUUUGUUCAGUUCUAAUAAGAAAUGCAAUGCCCUGACUC